CACAGAUGGCGGUCGUCUUCCUGCUACCUAUCUUAUAAUCAUAUCUGAUUGCGAAGGGUCCAUCUAUUUCUUGAUGAAACUUGGUAAAUAAUAAUAAUUAGAUUUAUUAUUCGCAAAUAAUCUAUAAAUAAUUAUCAAUAUUAUUUGUUGGUUUGAUUGUUUAAAUAUAGAUAUUCAUAUGAUAUCCAACAACAAAAUAUAUUAUCUUUUACGCAUCAACUUACCUACGAAAGUAUUAUAUAUGAAGCUCUCAAACCACCAAAAGUUCAUUCUUUCGAACGUUGCAAGUGAAAAUUAAUUCAACUUGAAAUAAAGAAAAUAAUUAUUUUAAUGAUUGGAGUCAUGGGAGUUCGUGAAAUUGCAUGUGACUUCCCAUGCCGACCUUAUGUAUCCAAGUCUCCUUCCCACGUGUUUUCUAUCUCAUAUCCACUAUAUACACACAUUUUGUUUCUACGCAUUCCACAUACACAUCUCUGUAUAUAUACACAAAGUGUCGGAGGUGAGGUUUUCACUUUCAGUCAAAAACUCGCCCAUCAGCUCAAUGGACAAGUACGAGGUAGUGAAGGAUCUUGGAGCUGGGAAUUUUGGGGUCGCAAGGCUCCUGCGACAUAAAGAAACCAAAGAUCUCGUUGCCAUGAAAUACAUUGAGCGUGGUCAAAAGAUUGACGAAAAUGUGGCAAGAGAGAUCAUAAACCAUAGGUCACUUCGUCAUCCUAAUAUUAUCCGGUUUAAGGAGGUUGUACUGACACCUACACAUCUAGCAAUAGUGAUGGAGUAUGCUGCUGGUGGAGAGCUCUUUGAUCGUAUCUGCACCGCAGGUCGAUUCAGUGAAGAUGAAGCAAGGUAUUUCUUCCAGCAAUUGAUCUCUGGGGUCUCCUUCUGCCACUCCAUGCAAAUAUGUCAUCGGGAUUUGAAAUUGGAAAAUACGCUUUUAGAUGGAAGUCGAGCACCUCGGCUGAAAAUAUGCGAUUUCGGAUAUUCAAAGUCGUCACUUCUUCAUUCGAGGCCCAAGUCAACUGUUGGAACUCCAGCUUACAUUGCCCCUGAGGUUCUUUCUCGUAGAGAGUACGAUGGCAAGUUGGCAGAUGUAUGGUCAUGUGGAGUGACACUAUACGUUAUGCUGGUGGGAGGAUACCCUUUUGAAGAUCCAGCUGAUCCCAAAAACUUCAGAAAAACCAUUAGUCGUAUUAUGAGCAUUCAAUACAAGAUUCCAGACUAUGUUCACAUAUCUCAAGAAUGUAAACAACUUCUCUCACGUAUAUUCGUGGCAAAUCCUUCGCGGAGGAUUACGAUCAAAGAAAUCAAGAAUCAUCCAUGGUUUCUAAAGAAUUUACCAAGGGAGCUCAUGGAAUCGGCUCAAACCAACUAUUAUCAACGAGACAACCCAAGUUUUUCUCUUCAGAGUGUGGAGGAGAUCAUGAAGAUUGUGGAGGAGGCUAGAAACCCUGUGCCAUCUUCAAAAUCAGUAGGGUAUUUUGGUUGGGGAGCUGAAGAGGAUGACGAAAAAGAGGAAGAAUUUGACGAGGAAGAAGUAGAAGAGGAAGAUGAAUAUGAAAAGAGGGUAAAAGAGGUUCAUGCUAGUGGUGAAUUUAAUGUCAUUUAAACAAAUAUUUUGUAUCACGUAUUCAUCUAUUGUAUUAUGAUUUGAACAAAAGUUUUCUUU